GUCACAAUCACAUAAGUUACGUAUUAACUUAGUUCUUAAUCUGUGAUCGCAAUAAUGACAUUUUAAAAAACGUUGUGAAUUGACAAAAUAUACAAAAAUAUUUUAUAGAAAUCAAUCCAUAUUUUAAAAUGCUGCGGUACUCAAAAGCAGGUACAACAGGAGGAAAAGGCAACACAGGUAUGUUUAUAGAGCGUGAUUCGAAUAUUUGCGCUGCUGGGUUGCCUUGUCUAGAUCGGAAUUCUGUGAAAAAUAUUCUUCCUUGUUAUUCGCUUCAAGACCAAGUUGAUGCUUUAUUGAGCGACACAAUUUACCCUGAUUCUACUUUUACUCCAACGCGAUUUACAAAAUUUAAAGAGAAACGUGAUAUGAGAAAUGCCGGAUUUUUUACCGAAGGGGCUGAACUCAUUAACCCACCAAUGAAAACUAAAUUCCAAACGUUAGUUAGUGAUUUCAAAAAUACAAUUUAUAGCUCAUAUUGGAAAAAAGAAGUCGGAAAAAUACCAGACCCAACAAAUAAUUUGCCAGAGGGUCUGAAUAUAUAUACGACAACUAUGGGAAAAAAGUACCCUAUUUCUUCAAAUGCUUAUGAUGUAGCUUUUCCAAAGAAUCCUGUAAUUGGACAAACCCCUAUAACGAAAGAAUGUGGUUAUCGUACUACUCGAAACUAUUGUUCAUUUAAUCCUAAUAAAACUUUUGGUCAGCCAACUAACGUAGACCCUUCAAGUAGACAAGUACAAUGUUGUUUAACUGAUGAUCGUAUUAGUCUAGGCUUGAAUUUGAAGCAUCCAAUUGGUUCAAAGCAUGCAAAUUUCUUAGAAAACAAUAAUUCAAGGCUUGGAAUGUCACUUUCACCUAAUAACAACAUCAACUGCGUGCCUAAGGGUUUUGCUUUUGGUAAAGUUGACGUCUUAGAUGGCAUCGGGGUACCCGAAUGUCUAACGACAUGUGAAGUAAAUCCUGAGAAAAAUUUAAUUUUAAAAUGCUUAGAGCAUUUGAACACGUUACGAAAAUGUAUGUCAAAACGCUUUGAAGGAAAUUUCUUUCCAAAAUUUAUUUUACAAUUAAGAUAUUUAGAUAAUCCUAAAACCGGAUGGUUGCAAAAAAAUAUUCUAUAUAACGAAUGCAAAUUAAAAUAUAUACGUUUCAAUCCAGAUCUUAUAGAGCCCCUUUUAUUGAUUUGGAACAUAAUGAAUGAAUCUCAAAUAGAGUAUAAAUCCUUCAUUGGUUUACUGAAUUACAGAGAACCAACUCCAGACUUACCGAAAAUAACAGGUAUUCCUGAAGAAUGUCUCGAUUUUCGCACGACAUAUGGAGAAAUGAUAAAAGAUGUUAUACAACCAAAUACUAGUUUAAUGGCGGGAGUUCCAUCAGGAAAAUAUUUUGACAAAGAUUUUCCAGUAACUCCUGAAGGAUGCUGCAAAGCAGAUCGAUCCUAUUUUCCUGAAGAGUCAGACGCCAAAUCGUGUUUAAACCCAAGUAUCUUCACAACAAUGGGAAUAAGUCAUCGUGAUAUGUAUUCUAAGCGUCACCCCAAAAUAGUAAGGGAAGUGUUCGAAAAAGCUGGUGAAAUAUUUACCGAUGAUUCGUUUCAUGCUAUUUGGAACAAGGCUAAAGAAUAUCAUUCUUCAGGUUGGGUUAGCUAUGAAACUUUUCGUCGGGCACUCAGAGAAUACACGAAUAAAAAUGAAAAAAAGGAAAAAUGUUAAGAUUUCACUUAAUAGUCUAUAAUGAAGUGCAAACGUGAUUUUUAAGUAACAUAAUCUUAAUGUGAAAUAUUAUGUUUGUGUACAUUUAUUAUUUAUGAAGUUGGAUAGAUUGUUUAAGUUUAUAAACUUAAUAUUAAUAUCGUAUAUUUUAAUGGUAAUUUAUUAUUUUGAUUUAGAAUAUU